CUGCUGUUUGUUGUCAGCCGGCUGGUGAAUUGACCCCAGAACACAGAAGCCAUCCGAUUUGGCCAACUGAGCUACUCAGCCAGCCGAAGGACGAAGGACUAAGGACCACGACCACCACAAUUCGCGACGUGUUGUUAAAGACCAGAAGCCAGAGACCAGGAACCAGAGACCUCUCUGGCCCUCAAAAGUGUCCUGUGAUCGCGUGACGAUAAUUGCUUGUGUCUCGUGCUUAAAUAAAUAGAAAACUCUGGAAAAAAAGAAAAAAUAAAACCAAAAACAACAGUGAAGUUCGCUGAUCUCUGUGCGCGCUGUUCCAUUAUUUUCGAUUUUUUUUUUUGUUUUUGUUUUGUUUGCCGGCAUCGAGCACACACCCACAUACACACGCAGUGAUAAUGAUGGUGAUGAAAAUUCAAUAACAAGUGAAUGCAACAAAUGCGCAUGAAAUGAAAAAUUUGUCCACACAAGUGUGAAAAACCGAAAAAGUAAAAAUCAGAUAAAACUGAGAUAAUCAGCGAGCGAGCGAGGCGAAGCCAAAAACCCAAUCAACCAAAUAAGCUGAGGGGAAAAGUGCUCAGAGAACGAACAUUUCAUUAAACUUCAAUCUGCAGAAAGUAACGAUUUUAGUCGACUCACUUUGGCUUGAUUGAUUGAUUGAUCUGCGAGGCAAGGACAGCGGGCAAAACAGCGACCAAAUGCAAGAUGAAUCCGGAUCAACCGAUGCCAAUGCAAACUGGGGCGCCGCCUCCGCCCCCCUCGCAGCUGACCGCCCACACAAUCGCCGUCUCCGGCGUCACCGCUGCCCCGCCCACCGGCUCCAUGGCCGCCCACUAUGGCGGCGGUAUGGGAAUUCCGCCCACAUCGUCCGCCGGCGGUACGGCCGGCAACUAUGUGUCCAUCGGCAUCCUGCCCAGCAUGUCGCCCGCCCAGCUGCCCCCGCUCCUCCUGCCCGCCCCGCCCCCCGCGACCACGACCUUCAAGACCACGCCCCUUCUGCCCAUGCCCACGCUGGAGGACAUUGAGGUGGCCAACCAGUCGGGCGGCCAAGGCGGUCAGGUGGUCGUGUCCUUGGCCCAAACUUCAAUGGCGCCGCCAGGCAUUUUGAAGUACCCCACGGCGGGCUAUGUGAGCGACAUGAUGGCACCGCCGCUGCCCCUGCCCCUCCCCCUGUCGCUGCCCCAUCCCCCGCCGCCGCUGACCUCGAUUGCCAGCAGUACCGCCGGCAGCAACAACAGCAACAUUAGCAGCGGCAAUAUGAGCAACAACAGUGGCAGCAAUUGCGGUACGCUGAAAAGCAAUGCGAAGCUGUUGCCCCUGCAGCUGAUGGCCACGCCCCCCAGCCGCAAGGAACCGCUGACGCCCGCCCAUCCGCAGGCGGCUUCCAUACAAGCCCAAGCGCAGGUGCAACACCAAUUGCAGCAGCAACACCAACAGCAGCAGCAGCAGCAACAGCAGCAACAGCAGCAGCAACACCAAAGGCAACAACGCAAGCGGCAGGGAUGGUGCUCCUGUUUCAGCUCGGGGGGAGGGGGUGGCGCCUCGGGGGGCGGUGCCAGUGGUGGUAGUGGUGGCUCCGGGGAAACCGGAAAGACACCACCCGGAUACGGAAGCAAGGAGAAGAAGAAGAAUCGCAAGGCCACCUCGCAGACGGUGUGGUCCGCCCUGCUCACCAACCUGGGCAUCUGCAUGCUGCUGCUCGCCUACACACUGCUGGGCUCCUUCAUCUUCCUGACCAUCGAGAACGAGGACUCGGCCCUGCUGCAUCAGCAGCACACUCUGGCCAGCACCAAGCGCAAUUUGGCUGGCCUCGGGAUCGGGAACAGCAUCUAUCAGCAAAGGACACCGCAGCAGCAUCAGCAGCAGCAGCAGCAGCAUCAGGCGGUACAAGGACGUCAUGCUGACAAUGACACGGUGGCCGCCGCCGCCGCCGCCGUUGCCGCCCAGGGAAUGCUGGCCGGAAAUGCGAAUGCCGGCGGCCCCAAUCCCUUUGGGCCCGCAUCCAGUGGCGACUUUGUUUACGGCAUGGACGGCCUGGAUGCCGCCGAUUUGGAGGCGGCCGGAAUGCCCCAGUUCGCCCUCUCGCCGGACACCUACGAUGUGCGGCAGCGGACCAUCGAGAAUAUCUGGGACAUCACCGUCUCGCUCAACAUCCUCUAUAAGGAGAACUGGACAAAAUUAGCCGCACUUGAAAUAGCCAAGUUUCAAGACCAAUUAAUCAAGAGACUGAACGAGGAUGUUAUGCUGCAAUUAUCGCACGACGAUGUGGCCAACGCCCCCUCCUCAUCGUCGUCGGCGGGCGCCUCUGGUGUUCCGGGGAGCAACAAUCCGGCCACGGAAGCCGUGCUCCUUCACACACACUAUCACCAUCAUCGCGCCGGAGGCGUUGGGGGCGUUGGGGGCGUGGCAGUGGGCGGGGGACCGCCGCAUGAGUGGAAUUUUGCCAAAGCGUUUUUGUAUUCGCUGACCGUUUUGACCACAAUUGGCUAUGGAAACGUGGCACCGCGUACGACUCUCGGGAGGAUCGUGACCCUGGCGUACGCCUUCUUCGGCAUCCCAUUGACCUUGGUCUACCUGAGCAGCACGGGCAGCAUUUUGGCCCGGGUGGCCCGCGAGGUCUUCUCGAAGGCCCUGUGCUGUUGCCUCUGCUCGAAUUGUGGCUAUUGUUGCUACGACGAGAAGCGAAUGGCCGAAAAGGAGCGACGGAUGCGACGGAAGAGGCAGCAGGAGGAGUUACGUAAGCAACAGGCCGUGAUGCAGGAGCCGUAUUAUGUGAGGGAUGUCUUUCAUGCCACGCCCGAAAAGGAUGGGGUGGCCGGCGGAGCUCCGCCUCCGAAUGCUGGAGGAGGAUCGGUAGGUGGCUUGGGGGAUAUAGAUUCCCUAAGUGCCAGCGAAUCGAGGGGCUCUAUGCACGGCUUGAGUAUCUUGGCCCCCAUCCUUCUCUGCUUCUCGAUGAUGAUCAUCUAUAUUGUCUUCGGCGCCGCCGUCUUGUAUCGCCUGGAGAAUUGGCCCAUCCUAGAUGGCAUAUACUUCUGCUUCAUGAGCCUGUCCACCAUUGGUUUUGGCGAUAUGUUGCCCGGUUUGCGCAGGGAAUCGAAUGCCACCACCUGGUUUUGUUCGGUCUACAUAAUGUCGGGCAUGACCCUGACGGCCAUGUGCUUCAAUGUUAUCCACGAGGAGAUCGUCCAUCGGAUUCGCAUUGUGGUGGAGUUCAAGAAGACGAGUGCAGCGAACUCGAGCGGUGGUUUAAUUGGUGGCGGCAGUGUGUCUGGUGGUGCCAGUGGUGCAGGUGGGCCCGGUGGAUCGAUGAUGGAUGUGGCGCACGACGAGGGCGGCCAGUACUAUGUGCCGGCAUCUUGACACUACGAGAAGCGAGGGCAUCUCUACCAGCGCAACCCCACCGAAGAGACCCUGGUGACAGACACUCCCACAUCGCUGGUACUGAAGGACUAUGUAAACCACGAGCUGGUGCCCAUCCUGACAAUGGAUCCGAAUGGCGCCCGCUUGGCACCCGCCCCCGCCCCCG